UGAGUAUUGUCUGUUAAGGAGCAGGCUCCAAUUACCAUGGGGAGGGAAAUUGUAAAUUGGGCUGGCUAAGAGCAGUUGGAAAGCAGAGCAUGAUCUAGUCACACCUGUUGUGAAUGGGAGACAGAGAGAGAGAGGAAAUGCUUGGAGUGAACUGUCUUGGGACAUCAAUAAUGUAGACAUUUCCCCCUGGUAAGGAUAUCCCAAGAAGCAUUGGCAGACUCAUGAGAAGAAAAAAGUGGAUUUGUCUGCUGGGUCAUUAUUGAAAAGAUCAGAAGUGGCUUCUGGACCUGUGUCAUGCCUCCACAAGUAAUGCUGGAUUGUUCUAAUGGGAAAAGGUUAAGUCCACAAUUCUCUGGAUCCCUGAGGAGGAGAAAUUCAUCCAGACCCAGCAGCCAGGAGCUUGGCAUCAAAUGUGUCCUUGUGGGAGAUGGUGCAGUAGGAAAGACAAGCCUGGUGGUUAGCUACACUAUAAAUGGCUACCCCACUGAGUACCAGCCAACCGCUCUAGACACAUAUUCAGUUCAAGUGUUGGUGGAUGAAGCGCCUGUUCGAAUUCAACUUUGUGACACAGCAGGACAGGAAGACUUUGACCAUCUCCGAUCCCUGUGUUACCCUGAGACGGACGUUUUUCUGGUGUGUUUUAGCGUGGUGAAUCCCAGCUCAUUUCAGAAUGUCACAGAAAAAUGGAUUCCAGAAAUCCGCACGCACAGCCCGCACACUCCAGUGGUAUUGGUUGGAACUCAAACGGACCUCAGAGAUGACGUGAAUGUGUUGAUUAAUCUAAACCGCUACCGCGUCAAGCCUGUGAGUGAGUCCCAAGCGCAGGCUGUGGCUCAGAAAAUCCGAGCUCAUACAUACGUUGAAUGUUCUGCACUGACUCAGAAAAACCUUAAAGAGGUGUUUGAUACGGCCAUUCUCAGUGCGAUUGAACACAAGGUACGAUUGGAGAAAAAACUGAGCUCAAAGGGUUUUAAACGACUUUCAAAAUGCAGAUGGAAGAAAUAUUUCUGCUUUGUUUAAAUCUACUCGGCUGCAUUUAACUUUACACUCCUUGAAUUAUCCUUUAUGCCUUGGAGACUCCACUAUGAUUACGAGAAUGCAGGAGCGUUGGUUCCCACUACGCCAAAGUGAAUACAGCCUUAACUUUUUUCAAAUGGUAUUCUGCACUUGUCCUUUACAUAUGCGUGAAGGAUUAACCCCUCAUUUAUUAUUGCAACCAAAUCAUGUAUUUUCAUGGCAACCUAUAUUUUAUUUCCCAACAAAGGAGUUGGGCUCUUGUGUGAUAUGGUUUUAAAACAAUUUGAAUAUGUAGGUGUUUGUUAUAGGUCACCCACUUGUGAAAAUCACUGUUAACUAGACUUCUGGUAUGGUCCUCUCUACAGAAACAUUACUAUGAAAAACAACUUUUUUUUUUUUUUUUAAUAGAUAGAUGCAAAUGGUAUGUAGCAAGUAGUAUGUAUCACUGUAGCAAUUGAUUUUGUCUACUAUGCGGUUUAGAGGGCAAUACAGUCUCAAAUCACACACUUCCCUUUUCUCAUGAAGUUGCUUCUCUUCUAAUAUGUAUUUAGGGAGCCUUUUAUAAUUUCUGUGAUGCUGUCAUUUUGAAGCAACCAGUUUUUUAUUUAGCUCAAAGUUCAAAUAUAAACAGUGGUGCCUACUUUUCUAAGAA